UAUCUAUUCAUAUUUAUAGGCUGAAAAAAUACCGAUUGAAGAAUUGGAUCGUGCUACGAUGUGGAUAAAGGCCCGGCAAGACAAGAGCGGCAACUUCAAAGGGCCAGCAGUGAAGAAGAAGGUCGAAAAAAUUGAAAGUUUGAAGAGGAAAGUGUUUGAAGGAGAAAUCAACCCUGAAGGAACAGAUGAUGUUCUGACUUUGGCGUUGGGAAAUCCUGAGUAUCCUGGUAGGGUACGCGGUGUUGGUGGCUUCGUCAAGCCUUCAGCAUAUUUUCAUCUACCUAAACGCCAAAUGCUAAAUGUAGAAGAUAGUGUCAGGGUAAGUGUUAAGAAGAUACUAGCAGAAGAGAAAGAAAAUAUCAUUGCUCAGGAAAGAGCCAAAUGGGAGUUGGAGAUGGAGCAACAAAUUGCUAGGGAAAGAGCCGUUUGGGAGGAAAGGUUUCAGAAGUUAGAAGCGAUGGUUAAUGGGAAAGAGAUGCCAGCUGACUCACCCAAACCUAUGACACCGCUAAAUGAUUUAGGCUCUGGCCAGGGCAGCUGUUCAAGGCAAUUUGAAAAGGAUGGUUUGAAAGCUAUUGAAAUUAAAGCUGCCAAAACUGCCAAGAAGAAGUUAGAUUUAGGGGAGGACCAGCAGAAAGUAGUUGAGGAGAAUGAAGUCUUUGUGGAUGGGGAGCUGAACAUCAAACUAACCUCGAUUAUUGAGGAGGAGGUUAGAAAUGAUUUAACUCCGAAAAAAAAUGCAGUUGUGGAGCAAGUGCAAGUGCCUGUUCAGUCCACCAAUAUUGUCCAGUCAGGGUGUAAACUUGCGAUAGAUUCAUUGGACAACAUAAUGGCUGAAGGAACGAUCAUUCAAGUGGAUGUUGAGUCCUGCAAGCAAACUAUCCAUGGUGUUCCAAUGGCUGAGGAAAAUGCCCGAGUAUCGAUCACCAAAUCUAUUGUUGCUAAUGCUUUGCUACCAAUUCCUAUUAAUGAUGAGAUUCUGUUUGUCCGCGAUGCAAUUGGUACAUGCAUUGCUUGGCCUAGAGACUGGGUUAUAUCCACUGCAGCUGAUGCAAAUCAGCAAAAGCAUAAAAUUGUGAGGAGGAAAAAGAAGGAUAUAUAUGAUGAGGAUUUUGAUCAUGAUGAUUUGGACAAACUGCCACCCAAUUUGCCUCCACCACUUAAGAUGUUGGCCACAUGGGCUAAUGAUAACUUGAAGGAUGGGAUCACCAUUCACACAACCUUAGAAGGGAUGUGUAUGCCAUGA